AUGUCUCAUGUCAACAAAGUACGUUUACCAAGAGAUUGUAAAGAACAUCAUGAAAAUGGUAAAACUACUACAGGUGUUUACGAAAUUUAUCCGUAUGAGACUGUCCCUUCUUCUAUCAGUGUUUUAUGUGAUAUGGAGACUCUGAAUAGAGGAUGGACGGCAAUACAAAAACGUGUGGAUGGAUCUGUGAGCUUUAACAAAACAUGGGAUGAAUAUAAGGCCGGGUUCGGGAUUCCAGGAGAAGAAGAUUUCUGGAUCGGAAACGAGCUGAUAUACCAGUUAACAAAGGGAAACGACUCUUCUCUCUAUGUCUCGAUAACUCUGGUAAAUGGUACAACCCUAUAUGAGGUAUAUGAGAGGUUCUCAAUAUCGAAUGAAACAGAAAAGUACCAACUCGCUUUGUCUGGAAUUCCAACCGGAACCUUAGGGGACAAGAUGCAAGAAUGGGGUGCAGGAGGGAAUUUCUUUUCUACUUGGGACAGAGAUCACGAUAGGAUGGGUACUUCUAACUGUGCUGGAAGCUACGGCGGAGGUUGGUGGUUUUCUGCUUGCUACUACGCCUUCCUUAAUGGACAAUGGGCCUCGACAGACUGGUUUCAACCUUGGUUUCGCAUUGUCCAUAAAGGAUCGGAUAUAAUGGCGACGAAGAUGAUGAUAAAGCGUUUCUAAGUGAGUUUUUGUAUAUACAAAUUUGGACAGAUUUUUGGUGGAGAAUGAUCAUGUUGUCGCCCGCCUGGCACAGCGGUUAGAGCCUCUGCUCUAGUCUCAGUCGCUAA